AUUCUGCCUGCAUACGGAAGAAAACCGCUAUUGAAAGCAGGUGGUUGAAAGGGUCCUCUCAAAAAACUCUGGAAACGUGACAGUGACUGUCGGUUUUUACUGCUUACUUAUCCGGAAGAGAAAACAGCAGCCCCUUCCUUUUUUUUUUCUUCCUCUCCUUGUUUUUAAAUCGUCCGGAAACUCGGCGGUGAUUGCACGCUAUUUAUCUGCGGUAUAUGAUUUGGUUUGUUUGUUCUCAAAAGACAUCACGAACUUUUAAAAUAAAACGGAAGUUUUCUUGAAGAUCAAAUUAUUGCGCCGUUUUAUUAUUUAUUCUUUUUUUUGUAAAAAUCAAGUAAAUUCCAUCUCAUAGUAACCGUCUUUAAAUCGACAUCAUAUUUAAAUUCAUGAAAUCUUUAGUGUUCUCUGCAAUUAAACAAGGAAGUUUUCGAUUGAAAUCUCAGUUGUUUUUUCUGCUUAAAGGUUCUUGAAUAUUUUGAGCAUUUAUGCUGUGAAUGGACCCGUAGACACUUUAAAAAUAUAAAAAAGUAUAUUCUCAUAUCUACUACACUUUCGAGCACCAACAUAGUUGCAAACUGCACGUGUAUGCCGCGACUUCGAAUACGGACCUGGAUAAUCCAUGCCACCAAAAUUUUACUCGCUGGUGUUGGAUGAAAAGUUAUUCAUAUUCGCUUCGGAAAAGAGGAAACAGUUGUAUAACGACAACAGGAAGAACUAUUGUGCAUGCUGGACUGUUUGUGAACAGCGAUUCACAGACUCACUAUUUUCGGUAAAAUUUUCUUGCAUACUUUAAACUUGCAACUCUGUUAACUAUUUUACCCACGAAAAUAAUUAUUCCGACGGAUUGUGCUGUUACAUUUGAGGACAAGGAGCUGAUGUCUUGGGCAACCAGCUUGGCAAAAGUGGAGGUAGCCCAACCGCAAACUUCCUCUGGAUCUAUCAAAGCUCAGAUUGAAAUUAUUCCAUGCAAAGUUUGUGGGGAUAAGUCAUCCGGUGUACAUUAUGGUGUCAUCACAUGUGAAGGUUGUAAGGGUUUUUUCAGGAGAAGUCAGUCCAGUGUUGUGAACUAUCAGUGUCCAAGACAGAAGAAUUGCGUCGUAGAUCGAGUAAAUAGGAAUAGAUGCCAAUACUGCCGAUUACAAAAAUGCCUUGCUUUAGGCAUGUCCAGGGAUGCGGUUAAAUUCGGUCGCAUGUCAAAGAAGCAGAGGGAAAAAGUAGAAGAUGAGGUGCGCUUCCAUCGAGCCCAACUAGUCCGUCCACAGCAGCCACCGCCUCUGCCGACGCCCCAAGCGACCGAAACGUCUCCCGAUAGCUCGGUUUUCGAUCAACAGCAACCGUCCUCCUCUAAUCAGCAUGUGCCGUACCUCAAUAACGGAUAUAGCUACAACAAUGACAUUAAUGCAUACACUCCAAAUGGCUAUGCCUACAGCAAUCAAGCCCUCACAUUUGAUCUCCCGAGCACAGAUUUUGUAGACAGCACAACAUUUGAUCCCCGCCAGUUAUUAGAGCCUAUACCUGACACAAGCACUCUGCUGUCAUCUAUUAUACCUUCUGGAGCGCCAGCAGCCGGUACUUCUCAUAUAGACUUACUUGCGAGAACUGUAUCUGAAGCCUACACGAGAACAUGUUUAUAUACUACCGACCAAAUACAAGAAAUGAUUAGAAGGCCACAAGAUGUUACAAGAAUUUUGUAUUAUAAAAAUUUGGCUCAUGAACAUUUAUGGCUAGACUGCGCACAAAGGCUUACAAAUAUUAUCCAGCAAAUCAUUGAAUUUGCUAAAAUGGUUCCAGGUUUCAUGAAGCUUUCACAGGAUGAUCAAAUAGUUCUGCUAAAAUCAGGUGGGUUUGAGCUGAGCAUAAUCCGAAUGAGCAGGUAUUAUGAUUUGUCAUCAAGAUCUGUAUUAUAUGGUGAAAGUUUAAUACCUCCAGAAGCCUUCAUUACAUCAGAAACAACAGAGAUGAAAUUGGUCACCAAUACCUUCGAUUUUGCACGAAGUAUAGCUGAAGCAAAACUAUCCGAUACAGAAUUAGCCCUAUAUUCUGCAUAUAUACUUCUUUCUCCAGAUCGGCCAGGAUUAAAAGGUUUAGCUGACAUUCAACGUUUGAGCCAAGCCACUCUCAAAGCUCUUCGGCAAGAACUUGAUCGUACACACAAGCUACCAUUCAAGGGUGAUAUUACAAUAUGCGAAGCUCUUUUGGCAAGAAUACCAUCUUUACGAGAGCUAAGUAUUCUUCAUAUGGAAGCACUAGCCAAACUUCGUCGUACUGCCCCUCACCUUGAAUUUCCAGCUCUUCAUAAAGAACUUUUUUCGGGAGAUAAUCAGUAAUAAUUAACAGAGUUUAUGACGUUUUAUAUAUUCUGAUACUUUCGAAUAUGAAGUUUUGUUAUGUUCUGAUACCUUCAAAUGUCUGGCUAUUUUUCCAGCUGUAAUAGUGACGGAAAACUGUGUGUGGUCAUUUCAUUUGAAAAGCUUUUAAAAUUUUUAAUUUUCCUCAUUUAAAUAACUCAAAAUUAUCUUUACGUCCUAGUCAGAAUUCAUAUGGGUAUUCAAUAAUUGUUUUGCAAAAUAUUUGUAAGUUGUCAAUGCCAAGACUAACAAGAUAAAAUCAAUUUCUGUAGGAAAUCUGGAAGUGAGAUAUGUUACAAUGUGUGUUUGUAGUUUUCGUCAUGACUCCAGGAAUAUUUCUUAAUAUAGUUUCUUUGAAGCCCUAACAU